GCCUGGCGCGGGGCGGGGCCGCUAUAAAGACCGCGCGCCCGGGCGGCCCGACCACACUGCUCUCGCCACCGCCGCCGGAGCGCGCCGCCUGCCCCGGCCCCGCCUGCCCGGCCCCGCGGACAUGAAGACCCCCGGCGAGGUGCUGCGCGAGGGCGAGCUGGAGAAGCGCAGCGACAGCCUCUUCCAGCUCUGGAAGAAGAAGCGCGGCGUGCUCACCCCCGACCGCCUGCGCCUCUUCCCCGCCGGCCCGGGCGCGCGCCCCAAGGAGCUGCGCUUCCACUCCAUCCUCAAGGUGGACUGCGUGGAGCGCACCGGCAAGUACGUCUACUUCACCAUCGUCACCACCGACCGCAAGGAGAUCGACUUCCGCUGCGCGGGCGAGAGCUGCUGGAACGCGGCCAUCACGCUGGCGCUCAUCGACUUCCAGAACCGCCGCGCCCUGCAGGACGUCCGCCUCCGCCAGGAGCGCGCCGCGGCCCCCCACCCUCCAGGCGCCCCGACACCCGCGGCCCCCGAGCCCCGCUCGGCCCGCGCGUCCUGAGCCCGCGCGGAGCCCGCACUGGACGAGUCGGCCGGGCCGCGCCGGCAGGAGCUGCUGAUGCCCCCCUCGGACCGCGACGAGGACUGAAGGCGGGGCCGGGGCGGCCGGGUCCCUGCCCCGCAGAAGGGGACCUGCCCUGCGGAGUCGCCCCGCCCCGCCGCGCGGGCGCGUUAAAUUAUUGGACUAUCUAUGUAUUUAUUUUAUGGCUGUUUGUUUGAACCACGUCUUACGUCUUAAUAUUCUGUUUUUGCACCGGUGGCAUUCCAAAUAAACCGCUCGAUCCCUCUCUUUUCUA